UGUAAACAUUGGGAGGAAAACAUUGGAUGUUCGUUAUCUGUACUUUUGCAGUAGUCUUUUAAUUUUGUGUAAUAACAAGGAAGUUAUUUUACUCAUUUAACCUCAUUUACUCAUUUAAUGAAUGUGAAAGAGGAAAUUUGAAAAGCUUCUGAAAACAGCAUACCAGUGAUGGCUGAUUUAGCGGAAGAUCAUGAAAAUCAGUUGAAAUAUUUAAGAUGUGGACACUCAGAUCACCUCCUAAAGUCAAUCAACAGACUACGCAAGGAAAGGAAGCUGUGCGAUAUCACUUUAACAGUUGGAGGGAAAGAGUUUUAUGCUCACCGUGUAAUCCUGAGUGCUUCUAGUGAUUAUUUCUGUGCCAUGUUUACUGGGGACAUGGAGGAAAGUCACAAGUCUGUGGUUGAACUUCAUGGUCUAGAUUCAGACACUAUGGAAUUUAUUCUGGACUUUGUAUAUACUGAGACAAUUCAAGUUAGUGUUGAAAAUGUGCAACCUCUGCUGCCUGCAGCAUGUCUUCUACAGUUGACAGGUGUCCAAAAAGCUUGUUGUGAUUUUCUAGAAGAGCAGUUGGAUCCCUCUAAUUGUUUAGGUAUUAAGACAUUUGCAGAGACUCAUGGGUGUUAAGAGCUCAGUAAAGCUGCCGAAAAAUACAUCCUGAAACACUUUGUUGAGCUUGUUGAUAGUGAGGAGUUCCUACAACUUGGCGAUGAGGAUCUGGUGUCGCUCAUAAAAUGUGACAAUUUGACUGUGCCAUCUGAAGAGGCAGUUUUUGAGGCCCUCAUUUCCUGGAUCAAACAAGAUGAAGUGGAGAGGAAGACAUUGUUGCCUAAAAUGUUGGAGUUUGUACGUUUACCUCUUCUUACACCACGAUACUUGACAGAUGUAGUUGACAGCGAGAAAUUGAUAAGACAAAACCUUGACUGUAGAGAUUUGGUAGAUGAAGCUAAAAAAUACCACCUGAGGCCUGAGUGCCGUCAAGCGAUGCAAAACGACAGAACCAAGCCGCGUAUUGGCCUGUCAGAAGUGAUUUAUGUACUGGGAGGCUUUGGAAACUUGCAGUCUCCUAUAGAUGUUGUUGAGAAGUAUGAUCCAGCACCAAAUCAGUGGUCCAUUGUACAGCCAAUGAGACGAAAAAGACGGUAUUUAAGUGCUGUAGCCCUGAAUGGAAGGCUAUAUGCUAUUGGUGGCUACGAUGCUUCAAGUCGUUUGAACACUGUUGAGUGCUUUGAUCCAUCAACAUCGCAGUGGUCUGCCAUGACUCCUAUGUUACAGAGACGAGGUUUAGCAGGGGCAACCACUUUAGCAGGAAAGAUUUUUGUAGCUGGAGGAUUUGAUGGUACAACAAGGCACACCAGUGUUGAAUGUUAUGAGCCAACAAUAGACAGGUGGACUCUGGUGAGUGAGAUGCAAGCGCCCAGAGAGGGUGCUGGACUGGCUCAUCUUGACGGCGCAUUAUACUGUGUGGGAGGGUACGAUGGAAAUAGCAUUUUAAACAGCAUUGAGAGGUUUGAUCCCAGAACAGGACAGUGGACCGGCUUGUCUCCAAUGAGUACCAGAAGAUCAGGUGCUGGAAUAGUGGUCCUAGAUGGGCAGCUGUUCGCUGUUGGUGGCUAUGAUGGCAGCCAACAUUUAUCUUCUGUCGAAUGUUACAGUCCUUGCAAUGAUCAGUGGAUGAACAUUGCAAACAUGAAGUCUAACCGGUGCUAUGUGGGGACAGCGGUUGUCUGUGGGAAACUAUUUGCUGUCGGUGGCUAUGAUGGUUUGUCUCUUUUGGACACGUGUGAGAGCUAUGAUCCCUCAAUCCAGGAAUGGACAUUAAUAACGUCCAUGGCUACAAGUCGCUGUGAUAUGGGUGUAGCAGUUCUCCUUGGACAAUAGGUCUUUCAUGGUCACAAGAUGCUGUGAUAUGAGUGUCGCCGUUCUCCCUGGACAGUGGGUUGUUAUAGUUACAAGUCGCUGUGAGAUGGGUGAAGCAGUUCUCCUUGGACAAAAUGUCUUUCAUGGUCUCAAGUCGCUGUGAUGUGGGUGUAGCAGAUCCUCUUGGACAAAAGGGUGAAACUGAUAAAAAUGGAUUUUUGUUUAGGAGACACUGACUACCAAGCAUUCGGGAAUAGCAGAUAAUCGCAAAUGCAAUAAUAUUAUCAUCGAAAAAUGCAAACGGAGAAAAGGAAAAAAAAGCCUUCUAAGGUAGUUUAUAUGCUAACUUACUCCAGGGGCCCGUUCUGUUUUCAUUCAAGAUGGGGAUUUCAAAAGUAUCGAAAAGAAUACAAUAAAAUUAUCAGCUAAAAAAAAAAAAAAAAAUACAGAAUGGACCGGUUUGGGUGCUAGAACCCGGUUUUCUAUCCUUUUAAAUUUCUCGUAGUUAGGUGUAGUUUACCAUUGACGUGUAAUUAUUUAUUUAAUAUUAGUUACUGAUGAGCCAUGUAACAGAAACAUUUUACGGGCAUAUACUGUUGUGGAUUAUAUGUGGAUUAUAUGUGGAUAAUAAUAAUGAUUAUAAUAAUGUGUCGUUAUUCAUUUGAUAAAAGUACCCAUCAAAAGCUGUGGAAGAUUUUGUUCCCUUUUAAUGUCUUUCAGAGCAACAACUCGUAGGCAUAGGGAAAUAGACCAGAAUAGUCGACAACUUUGCAAUACUUCUCAAGAGGCGUCGACCGAUGAAAAAGAGAUAUUGAUUUUGAUCGAUUUUGAGAACUCUGAUUGGAGCUAAGCAAGGUGUAUGGUUUUAAAGGCGAGAAUUAACUUUGUAAGCAGAGUAGUUUGCUAACGCUUUUGAAAUGAUCUAAAUGUCACUGUACGACUACUAUAAAGGUAAAUUGCUGGAAGUACGUUAACUGAUUUUGCAGCAGGGCAUUAUGGGGUCUUGGAAGCUGACAUACACGAAAUCGUCCAGGAAAAUUUGCCUUAUGUUACGGUUGUGCCGUGUGUUUCAAACGUUUAUUAUUUCUCUCUUUAUAGCUUACUUCACAACGCUCAAAGGCAAAAGCAUUACAACUACAUUUCAUGGUCAAACGCCAUCACCAUCUUACAUGUAUUCACAUGGAGACUUUAUGCUGAGGGUGUGAUGUCAUCGGGGGCUGUGCAACCUCAACCUAAGAAUUUGUGUGAGCAGAAUUGAAGAACUGGAAGGAAAAUUUCCUUUUAUUGCUUUUUCAAAGUUAAUUUUUUCAAAAGAAGAUAUCAAGAGGAGACCAAAUUCGAAGAAAAGAAAAUGUCAAAUUCGCGUUAACUGCUUGCAAUUGCAGGAACUGUGCAAAUUUACAACGUCAUAUCUCAAGGCCGUCCAAUGAGCCUUGAGCGGCGAACUCUUUGCCCUGACGAAGGGCUAAGGCUUGAAACGUCAGCUUUAGAUUAUCUAUGGUGUUCAGUUUAUAUUAUCAAAUCAGUUCAUAAUGUUAUGUUUUUAAGACAUAUUGAUGGAACACAGUUCUAUUGCCUUUUAGAGAUAGUUAUUGAUGGAACGCAGUUAGGCCUUUAUAGAUUAUGCUAGCUUAAUUUUCGGCAAAUUUCUGCCAAGUAGC